GGUACCAUCAAGGGGUUAAAAAGGGAAGCAUAAUGUAUGUUCAGUCAUCAGAAUAAUAUACUAAGCUCAAUCCAUGAUUCACCCAACACCUUCUAGCAAUGCAGCAUGGCACGUCUUGAGGACGACUUAAUUAAUAUCCAGAAAAUACAGACAUUUUGCUUCCUCCAUCCUUUACUGUUCUCAUGCAACUGAAAUUUAGAUGUAGCUCCGAAGCUUUGGGUUGUCCUUCUAAGGAUCCAGUUUCUCAUACCGGCCUUGUGAACUUUUUGCAGGUUCACUCAUGAACACUGUGGUUCAACCACGACCAUCAAAUAACAUAACUUUAUAUUUUUCAUAAUAGCAUGCUUAUUCUCUUGCAUUUUGUUUAUUGAUAUAUGCUACAACAUUUUGGGCAUUUACCUAUAUUUUCUUCCAGCUAUCUCAGGCACCUCAACAAUGGACUUGCGGCGUUCUGCUCUGUUCGUUGCCCUGUCCUUCCUCCUUCUUCACGGUGCGCAACAAGGAGCUGCCGCCACUAGCUCCGGCGAUGCUAACGAGCAGUGGGGCUACGUGCCGGUACGACAGCAGAAGGCCCACGUGUUUUGGUGGUUUUACAAGAGCCCGCAAAGGGUCUCGUCGCUGGUGAAGCCAUGGCCGACCAUCCUGUGGCUGCAGGGUGGCCCGGGAGGGUCAGCUGUCGGGCGUGGCAACUUCCUAGAGAUCGGGCCACUAGACGCCAACCUGAAGCAACGCAACUCAACAUGGCUGCAGAAGGCCGAUCUCAUCUUUGUGGAUUUACCGGUGGGCGUUGGGUACAGCUACACGGAAGACCCGAGUGUAAUCGCAACGACGGACUCGCAGGUGGCAGCAGAUGCCAUUGAGCUCGUAAGUGCGCUCACCAAGAAGAUACCUACCCUGCAGAGCAGCCCGCUGUUCCUGGUCGGCGAGUCCUAUGGUGGCAAGCUUGCUGCCAUCAUCGGUAUCUCCAUGUCAAGGGCCAUCCACAGUGGCAUUCUUCAGCUCACACUUGGCGGUGUUGUCCUCGGUGACAGCUGGAUCUCGCCAGAUAAUUUUGCGUUCUCGUAUGCGCAGUUGCUGCACAGCAUGUCAAGGUUAACUGACAAUGCAGUAGCACCUGCCACUGAAAUGGCAGCAAAGCUAAAGGAGGAGAUGGCAUUAGGACAGUUUGCCACAGCUCGAAAGAUUUGGAUCGACUUACUUGAUUUAAUUGACUCGGAAACUGACAGCGUGAAUAUGGAAAAUUUGUUGCUUGAAUCCAACAUGAACUCGUUAUUGGCUCAGUCAGCUCCCAACACCAUCGACGAUAUCAUGAAUGGGGCCAUUAAAAGAAAGCUCAAGAUCAUUCCCAAGGAUCUCAUUUGGCAGCAGGUCUCAAUUCCGGUCUACAAAGCGAUGGCUAAUACCUUUAUGAAACCAGCAAUCAAUGAGGUUGAUGAGCUGCUAUCACAAGGUGUGGAUGUGACUAUAUACAACGGACAGUUGGAUGUGAUCUGCUUGACGAUUGGCGUAGAAGGAUGGGUGAAAAAGCUAAAAUGGGAUGGCCUGAAGAGCUUCCUGAACCUGUCAAGGCAGCCUUGGAACUGCGACUCUUCAGGGCACUGUUCUGGCCCCAUCAAGGCGUAUGUUAGAUCGUUCAAGAAUUUGCACUUCUACUGGAUCCUUGGAGCUGGACACGCGGUGCCUAUUGACCAACCUGACACUGCACUAAAGAUGAUUGGUAGCAUAACUCAUUCAUCACGCAAGUAGAAAAGACUCGUACGGAAGUUGGAGUAAAUCGUGCUGUGAGAGACCUUGUGAACUCCUAGGCCUUGGAACUUUGACUGCUGCUCGAACUAGUAUCAAGUAGGCAGUAGUACAUUUCUGAAGACGUAGCUAUUGAUAUGUUGCCCACGUAUUCAGGUGGUGCAUUGGACCUGUAUGGUGCGCAUUAAUGUCUGUAGUCAGUAAGUGCAGGUAUUGGUGAAUGACACUGCCCAGAUUGCAAGUAUCUAUUGGUUUAGAAUGUGUAUCUCAACAUUGUCAAAUUUGCCACAUCACAGCUGGUUACCCAAUG